CAAUAUGUAUACAAGGUUUGUGGAAGAGUGUACUGUAGGCAUUGCGUGGGCAUGGGCAUGGGAGAAUGGACGGAAGGGCGAAAGUGCAUGCAGUGUUUAGGGAGAUGAUUCAGCCAAAGGUACAUGAAAAGAGCUGGAAAGGUAGGUUGCUGUUGGAAGUAUGGGAAUGCGGUGAAGCAGGCAGAGGUGAAGCGGGCGGAAAAAGGGCUGCGGAGGAGUGGAGAGAGAGGCUUGAUGUGGAGCACAACCAGCAGGAGCAGGGCGUAUUCCAGUAACAUCACCCCUUCUUUUGUUGCAAGCUCACGCUCACCAGUUUACUCACCUAAUGCCACUCCCACUCAUCUCCUUCUCCCAUUAUAGUAUACCUGGGCACUCAACUCAAACCAAUUUACAGUACCAUAUAUAUAUUCUUCGGUUUAUAUUUCUAAUUAGGACAUAUAUAUAUAUAUAUAUAUAUAUUCUUUAAGACCAUAUUGUAUUAAUUUCUCUCAUAUGUUGGGAAAAAUGGCACAAUGGAAUGAAAUAGUUCUUAUGAA